CAAUGUGCGAGUUGUUUCUUCGUUUGUUUACAUUCUGUUUUUUUUCUUUUAAACGAAUAUUCUUGAUCGAUUGUAUUAAAGAAUACAUUGGUGAUUCGAUUAAAUAUGAAAUCCAUAUUACAGCAUCAUCGAACAUUAACCGCAUCACAAGUAAAACUAUUUCCGAUACGUUUUCAACAAACGGCAGCAUCUGAUGCACCACCACCUAAGACUAAAUUUGGCCCAUUAGCCGAUGAAGAUCGUAUUUUCACCAAUCUAUAUGGACGUCAUGAUUGGCAUCUAAAAGGAGCCAUCAAAAGAGGUGAUUGGUACAAAACAAAAGAAAUAUUAUUAAAAGGACAUGAAUGGAUACAAGGCGAAAUGAAAACGUCCGGAUUACGUGGUCGUGGUGGUGCCGGCUUUCCCACCGGUUUGAAAUGGAGUUUCAUGAACAAACCAUCGGAUGGUCGUCCAAAAUAUUUGGUUGUUAAUGCCGAUGAAGGUGAACCUGGUACCUGUAAAGACCGUGAAAUUAUGCGCCAUGAUCCGCAUAAAUUGGUUGAAGGAUGUUUAGUUGCCGGAAGUGCUAUGGGUGCAUGUGCGGCUUAUAUUUAUAUUCGUGGUGAAUUCUAUAAUGAAGCAUCGAAUCUCCAGAUUGCCAUACAGGAAGCUUAUCAGGCUGGUUUGAUUGGCAAAAAUGCCUGUGGCUCUGGCUAUGAUUUCGAUGUAUUUGUUCAUCGUGGUGCUGGUGCUUAUGUUUGUGGUGAAGAAACAGCAUUAAUAGAAUCGAUUGAAGGUAAACAAGGAAAACCACGGUUGAAACCGCCGUUUCCAGCUGAUAUCGGCUUAUUUGGAUGCCCUACAACUGUUAACAAUGUGGAAACGAUUGCCGUUGCACCGACUAUCUGCCGUCGGGGUGGAACCUGGUUUGCAUCAUUUGGUCGUCCACGUAAUACUGGUACGAAAUUAUUUAACAUUUCCGGUCACGUGAAGAACCCAUGUACAGUUGAAGAGGAAAUGUCUAUUCCAAUGAAAGAAUUAAUAGAACGUCAUUGUGGUGGCAUAAUAGGUGGUUGGGAUAAUCUACUCGGCGUUAUACCGGGUGGAUCCUCCACACCAAUUCUACCCAAAGAUAUUUGCUCUACCGUAUUGAUGGAUUUUGAUUCUCUUGUGGAAAAUAAAUCCGGUCUUGGUACAGCCGCAUUAAUCGUUAUGAAUAAACAAACGGAUGUGAUCAAAGCUAUUGCACGUUUAGCUUCAUUUUAUAAACAUGAAAGUUGUGGUCAGUGCACACCUUGUCGUGAAGGUACCGGAUGGAUGAAUAAAAUUAUGUGGCGUCUUGUGGAUGGCAAAGCCGAUCCAAAAGAGAUUGAUAUGUUAUUCGAAAUGAGCAAACAAAUUGAAGGACAUACGAUUUGUGCUCUUGCCGAUGGUGCUGCAUGGCCUGUACAGGGUUUGAUCCGACAUUUUAGGCCUGUCAUUAUGGAACGUAUACAACAAUAUCAAGCAAAAGCCGGUAAUGGUGAUCAGGAAAAGAUAAAAGCGGCUGCACACUAAAAAUAUUCGAUUUUUUUUUGUUCAAAAAAAGUUUGAAUCAUUAUUAGUCUUCAAAUUUUAGUUUAUUAUUCAAUUUGAAUUGAAAUUUUCUUUCCUGUUGUGUAUAUUUUA